UCUGGAAACCCUACAGCUUACUCUUCAGUGAAAGAGGGUUGUAAUCCUAAUAUAUGUAACAUAUAAAAGUGUAUAUAUAAAUUCUAUUAUUCUCUAAUUAAAAUUCUGGGAACAUUAAAAUGUACUUAAAUAAUUAUUCAAAUUAACAAUGAUAUGAGAAUAUUGGAAAUUAGUUCAUUUAUAUCAGAAUUAUAAAUUUAGAAGUGUUGAUAUUAAAAAAAAAAAAAAAUAAAAUAAAAAACAUUAAAAUGUUGAGGCGAAAUAGAUUGAAACAUAAAAUAAUUUGUAUCAGUACCAUUAUAUUUAUCACUAUUAUUUAUAAUGAAUAUCUUGAAUAUGAGAUACAAAAAUUUAAAUGGACUUUGCCAGAUUGUACAGAUUGCGUUAAAGUACUUUUAGUAGCGGAUCCGCAAAUAUUAGGAGAGAAAAAUGAGAAUUAUAUGGGCUCAUGGGCAGCAAGAUGGGAUAGCGAUAGGUACUUAGAAAAAACCUUCUCAAGAGUUUUAAAAUACUCUCAACCAAAUGUUAUAGUAUUUCUUGGUGAUCUCAUGGAUGAAGGCCACAUCUCUGACGCAGAAAAAUUUAAUACAUAUAAAAAAAGAUUGGAUUAUAUAUUUCAAACUUCUGAUGAUAUAAUGAAAAUCUAUUUACCUGGUGACAAUGAUAUCGGAGGAGAAGAAAAUAAGGUUUCAAUGAAUAUUCAUAACAGAUUUCAUUAUGCGUACACUCAGCCCGACGUGUUAGUUUAUAAACGUGUUACAUUUUUUAAGGUUAACAGAUUGACUCAGUUUAUACCAGAAGCUCCUAAGGAUGCAUUUCUUAAUGAUUAUGCUGAAAGAAAUACAACCAAUGUUGUACUUAGUCAUAUACCAUUAUUAUUUAUGCCAGGAAGUUUUGUACAAAAUAUGAUCAAAGAGUUAUCACCACAAAUUAUUUUUACUGCACAUGAACAUAAAGCGUUGCACAUUAGUUUGGAUACGAUGACUGAUCAAUUAAGUGAAAUUUGGGUUCUUCCACCUGACGAGACACCUCUUUAUCAAUUAAGAAUGGAUGUAGGUGAUAUCCAUGAAGUUCAAAUACCAACAUGCUCUUAUAGAAUGGGCACUCGUAAUAUGGGUUAUGGAAUUGCUUAUAUUGAUACUCAAGAAAAAAUAGUGCAAUUUACAAUUCUAUGGUUGCCAAAUAGGUUGUUGCAGCUGAAGACUUAUAUUUUUAUUAUAAUACUAAUGAUAUUAUUUUUAAUGUGUUCUUGUAUAUGCAGCUGUUGCUUCAAGACUCAUACAACAUAUAAUCGUAUACCCACCAUUUCGCAGUACAGUAAAUCAUAAAUCGUUAAUAUUCAAAAAUUUGAUUAAUUCUUAUUUAGUGCGACAGUAAUCCGUCCAAGUAAUGUGAUUGUUCUAUCAUCCACAUUGGAUAUU